UCGUUUUGCUCAUAGCUGAAGAGGGUCUGGUUUGGUCUGGAUCGGGGCUGAAAUCUGUAAAAUAUUGUGUGUGGAGGUUGAGGUGGCUAAUUCAGGAGUUUCAUUCGUGUUCUCACUUUGCUUCCUUGAUUCGUGUGAAAGUGAAAAAUGUUUUGUUUGGAAGGGUAUUUUUGUCAUUUAGCUACAGGAUUGUAUUGUUGGGACGGAUUAGAGUAUGCCAUUUGCGUGUGUCCUUACCUUUCUUUCCGCCUCGCGGAGUGCUCAAAAGACAGAAUUGACCCUCUACCAUUCUCUCUGAGUCUGACUCUUGUGUCUACAUUGUCAUUCUGUCUAUUAUGUCCUUUGGAUUGAAUUAUCUAUAGCUUACCAUUAACACUGCUGCCUUUUAUGUCUUUCCUGAAAGUUGUUUGUGAAAUCUCACUUUCUCUAAAACUAGGAACCAGAAAAGCUGAACCGUGUGUUGUGAUGGUCCAGUAGUAUCUUUAGUUGAGACAUUUUUCCAGAAGUAGCAAAGCUCCUUCCACAAUAUUUGACUCGGUGCUUUCUGUUUGGAGCUUACAAUGGGAAACAAUGAGGAAGAAAAAUCUACCAAGACUGAAAAGCCUUCUUCACCUGUAGUGGAUCAGGCCAAUCAGACCAAUAUUCAUGUCUAUCCUGAUUGGGCAGCCAUGCAGGCAUAUUAUGGACCAAGAAUGACCAUGCCACCAUACUACAACUCGGCUGUGGCUUCUGGUCAUGCACCUCACCCGUACAUGUGGGGGCCACCUCAGCCUAUGAUGCCACCUUAUGGGCCUCAUUAUGCUGCAAUUUAUCCACAUGGAGGUGUUUAUCCUCACCCUGCAGUUCCUAUUGGGCCACAUCCACAUAGUCAAGGAGUUCCGUCUUCACCUGCUGCUGGGACUCCUUUAAGCAUUGAGACAGCACCUAAAUCAUCUGGAAAUACUGAUCAGGGUUUAAUGAAGAAAUUGAAAGAGUUUGAUGGACUUGCAAUGUCAAUAGGCAAUGGCCAUGCUGAAAGUGCAGAGCAUGGAGGUGAAAACAGGCUGUCACAGAGUGUGGAUACCGAGGGUGGCUCCAGUGAUGGAAGUGAUGGCAACACUUCAGGGGCUAAUCAAACAAGAAGGAAAAGAAGCCGUGAGGGAACACCAACCACUGAUGGAGAAGGGAAAACUGAGAUACAAGGCAGUCCCGUUUCCAAAGAGAAGACGGCAGUUGUACCUGUAACUGUUGCAGGAAAUAUAGUUGGACCUAUAGUUUCUUCAGGUAUGACCACUGCCCUGGAGCUGAGAAACCCUUCCAGUGUUCAUUCUAAAUCAAAUGCCACAAGUGCCCCACAACCUUGUUCCGUAUUGCCUGCAGAAGCUUGGUUACAGAAUGAGCGGGAGCUGAAACGUGAGAGGCGGAAACAAUCAAAUCGAGAAUCUGCUAGAAGGUCCAGACUAAGGAAGCAGGCUGAAACUGAAGAACUGGCACGAAAAGUUGAAUCCUUGAAUGCGGAGAACGUGACACUGAAAUCAGAAAUAAAUCGACUGACCGAUAGUUCUGAAAAAAUGAGGGUGGAAAAUGCUGCAUUAAGGGAAAAACUUAGAAAUGCUCAUCAAUUGGGACCAACACAAGAGAUAACUUUGAAUAUAAUUGACAGCCAGAGGGCUACACCUAUAAGUACAGAAAACUUACUAUCAAGAGUUAAUAAUAAUUCAAGUUCUAAUGAUAGAACUGCGGAGGAUGAGAAUGAUUUUUGUGAAAAUAAACCAAACUCUGGUGCAAAGCUGCAUCAACUGCUGGACACAAGUCCUAGAGCUGAUGCUGUGGCAGCUGGUUGAUAUAGAAAACCAGUGAUUGUACUGGCUGAUCAGGUAGUUUUGGCAUAUUACAAGCCCAAAAUUACUACUAACAGUUUCCACAGAGGGAUGGAUCAGCUGAAUUUUAGUAUCUAAAUCCAUCAAUAUCAGAACUAAUUCAUUGCUUAUCAGUUCACUUAGGACAAAACUCUGUAAUCUAUUAGAUUUGACAAAAAUGGAUGACCAAGUUUGUAAAAUGAAGAGAACUCGAGAUUUCAGUUUGGAGAGGCUUGUUGAACCGUUACUUAAUUGCGUAUGCAUUAACGAUUGGUGUGGACUUUCUAAUGUUAUCAUCUGAUAUAUAAGUUAUUCUGGAUUACCAUUUGUUUGGUUUUUA